GCAAUUAUGCACGAGAAAACAUGGUCGCGUGAUCAAAUAUGGCUGCCGCAGAAUAAUUUUGCAAUGUUUACUUAUUAAAAAUAGUGUAUUUUGCGCGUUAAAAUGUAAAACAGAAAAUAUCAUGGGCGGAAAGGACUCAAAAUUAUCAUAUAUUACGCACGAGGAAGCUUUAAAACGGGUGUCAGAUGCAGAGUUGAAGAGGUUGAAGGAUGCUUUCAAGAGGUUUUCAGUGCUCGGUGGAUUUAUAACAGAGAAUGUCUUCUGUAGGGAGGUGUUGUGGGAUUCGGUCCCACAGAAAGUGGCACAGCUGCUGUUCAAGGGGUUUGGGGGCACCUCCAAGGGGAUCAGCUUCAAGGACCUGCUGGCAGGCAUGGUGGUGCUCACCAAAGGUACCAAGGAAGAGAAAAUCAAGUUGAUAUUCGCCAUGUAUGCUGAUGACAGUUAUUCCCUUAUACAGAAGGAUGAUAUGGACAGGAAAAUAGUGGCCACAGAAGAUCAAGUUCCUGAUGCUUUGUCUCAUCUUUUUGCAGAAGGAGACCAGGUGAGCUAUGAGCGCUUCCGUCGGUGGGUGUACUCCAAUCCAGAAGCUACCAUCAUCACCAAGUGGCUGCUGACCGAGACCAUGGCCUUCACUCUGUCUGAUGACACAGAAACCCCCACCUUCUAUCAGACUCUAGCCGGUGUCACACACUUGGAGGAGGCUGACAUCAUUGAUCUGGAGAGGAAGUACUGGAACUUGAAGGCACAGUCAAAGACAGGGAAGUUUGACCAGGAGACUUUCAAGUCAUUUGUGUACCCAACCAUCCCUGAAUCACUAUGUGAAGCUUUAUUCAUGGCAUUUGAUGAAAACCUUGACAACCACAUUGACUUCAAGGAAAUAGCCUGCGGAGUGUCUGCAUGUUGCCGAGGUCCCUUAAUGGAGAGGCAGAAAUUCUGCUUCAAAAUCUUUGAUACAAAGCAUGACAACAAGCUGGAUGAGGGUGAACUCAGAGAGAUGGUGGACGCGCUGGUGGCUAUCAGGAUGGACAACAAGGCUCCUGAUGAACUGGAAAGUGACAUGUACCUGAGACUGGACCCCGGCAUGGUUGCCAAGGAGAUCAUCACCAGCCUUGACUCAGAUCAGGACGGGUGUAUCAGUAUGGAGGAGUUCUUGGUAUGGACUGUGAACAACGCCCUCUGUGAGGACUUCCUGGAUCUCCUUAGUCAGAUUUGCCAUGUGCUGUUAGGACUGAAACCAACAAGCCCGGAAGAAGAAGGAAAAAUUAUUCUUGACUGGUUGGCUCGAGAAGAGCGUAAGAAGAAGAAAGUGGGCCAGGUUUGGUACCUGAUCUCUAUGCAAUGGUGGUGUUCUUGGUCCUCAUAUGUCACCCAUGACAAGCAUUUAGAAGAAAAUGGUGCUGUUCUUGCUAUAGAAUUGGAUCAGCAAAGAAACUGGCAUGACUCCAAGCCGAACAUGCUCACUCAGUGCAGGAACCAGACGAGUUGUCUCGGAUGGGACAGCGAUUCAAUGACUAUGAUCAAUGUGAACAAAAGCAUGGAAAUACGUGAAACUCCCAUUGUGGUUGGGGACUCGCGAGAACAUUCCAAUCAUUUCAGUCCUACAUUCCCCAGAACCUCACAUUCCGUAACCAGUAGCCCCAGGAAAUACCGGCUUUCACCUGAAACAGAAACACGCAGUGCUAGUCAAGGUGGAUCCCCAAGAAUCAAGAAGAGGACACUCCAGCAUCAGAAGCCUGGUCAAAUUGACAAUUCUUCCCUAGUCAUGCCAAGUCUGUACAAGGUAAUGACAUUGACCAAUGAGGGAGGGCGUCUCAAGCGGGAUGUGAUGAUGGUGGAUGGGACUGACUUCAAGCUAGUGUCUGAGCCGGUCUGGAAAGCUCUGUCAACGUGGUAUGGGGGGUCACCAGCACUCCCAAGAACUGUGAUACCAGGUAUAGGUGGAGAGGUGAUGGCAGAGUUGGAGCUGUACCCUGUGCUGGUACGCCUGUACAGACACCAGCUGCAGGUUCAACGCCCUGUACAGACUACCUCUUUCACCAGCAUGAUGUCUGGCAUUGGGGGCAUGGCAAUCAACACUGUUAGCACGCUGACUAAUCAUGUGCAGCAACCCAGGAGGAUUCUGUCUUUUACCGCAUGCUUUAGUCGCUGUCACACUAUACAACAAAUCUAUGAAUUCCUGUGCAAUAAAUUAAAACUUGCUCGAGACGAUGUGAGAUUGUGGAAAAUUAAUCCCAAUGAUGAGAGCAUCAUGAGUCUGUUAGAUGAUGAGGCGAUGACUGUAGACCAGGCUGGUGUAGAGGACUCACAACAGAUCCUUAUUGAAGUUCGAAACAAAGACUUGACCUGGCCUGAAGAGAUGUCUCAACUUGCAAAGAAUAAAAGAAUUACCAAUGAUAAAGCUCCCACUGAGCCUGGUGCGACCGGUCUGAACAACCUGGGUAACACCUGCUUUAUGAACGCUGCCGUCCAGUGUGUGUCCAACACCAACCCCCUCACCCAGUACUUCACCAGGGGUCUCCACCUCUACGAGAUCAACAGGACCAACCCACUUGGCAUGAAGGGCCACAUCGCUCAAAGGUAUGGGGACCUGGUGAAGGACAUGUGGAGUGGAACCACGAGGACUACAGCCCCUCUCAAACUCAGGUGGACGAUAGGGAAGUACGCGCCACGGUUCAAUGGUUUCCAGCAGCAUGACUCGCAGGAGCUGCUGAGUUUCCUGCUGGACGGACUCCAUGAGGACCUGAACCGAGUGCAGGACAAGCCCUACGUGGAACUCAAGGACUCUGAUGGGAGACCAGAUGAGAUUGUUGCUCAAGAGGCCUGGGAGAACCACCUGCUGCGUAACCAGUCUGUGAUAGUAGACCUGUUCCAUGGCCAGUUGAAGUCGCAGGUGCGGUGCAAGGAGUGCUGCCACAUCAGCGUUCGCUUUGACCCGUUUAACUACCUCUCACUACCUCUGCCCAUGGAGAGCUGCAUACACCUAGAGAUCAUAGUGAUGAGAUUGAAUGGAGAGGUGCCGGUAAAGUAUGGGCUCCGCCUGAAUAUGGACGACAAGUACAAAGUGUUGAAGAAAGAGCUCAGCUCCCUCUGUGACAUUCCCAUUUACCAGCUACUGCUUGUCGAGAUAUCAGGACCUGUUGUCAAGACUCUUCCGCAGGACAAUCAAAAGAUUCGUAACCUUGUUGGCACGCUUUACGCCUAUGAGCUGUGUUCAGAGGAGAAGAUUGAGCCUAUCUCUCAGGAUGAGGAGCUUGCAGAGAAAAAAUCCUGUGUGGGUCUGAGUGAGAUCCAGAGGGGAGUCACGUCCACUGCCUCACCAAAGAAGCCAAUUGCAAACGGCACCAUAUUGCGGCUGCAGAAGGAGCCGUUGUCCCUCAAUGGAGAGCUUCUCAAUGGCUCUCCAUCCAGCACUCCUAGUCACUCUCGCAACAACAGCAGCACCAGCCUCAACAUCAGCAUCAAUGGCAGCUCCAGCACAGAGUCCCACCUGCCCAAGUCUGUCGGGGACGUGUUCAAUGGCUUCGUCAUAGCCGUCCAUAGGAAAAUGACAUUGAUGGACCUGUACUUCCUGUCCACACAGAAGACCCGUCCCAGCCUGUUUGGUACGCCCAUCAUUCUGCCAUGCGAUGAGAAGUCCACCAAUCAGGAGCUAUACGGCUUCAUUUGGCAUCAGGUUGCACGCAUUGUCAGUCCCCUCCCACCAUCAGAGGCCAGGCUGUCCAAUCAUGCUUUAGACUGUGAUGAUAGCCUGGGCUAUGAAUACCCGUUCACACUGAAGGUCGUACAGAAGGACGGUUUCACAUGUGCCUGGUGUCCCUGGUACAGGUUUUGCAGAGGCUGCAGUUUGGAGUGCAACAGUGAGACCUUCAAUUUUGGGAGUUCGUUUAUUGCAAUUGACUGGGAACCUACAGCUCUCCAUCUUAGAUAUCAGACCUCUUGUGAACGGUUUGUUGAGGAUCACGCCAGCGUGGCAGAGAGCCGUACUCGUCAGAGUGAGCCAAUAGACCUGGACACGUGCCUGCGUGCAUUCACCAAGGAGGAGGAGUUAGGGGACGAGGAGCUCUACUACUGCUCCAAGUGCAAAAAACAUUGCCUUGCAGCCAAGAAACUUGACAUCUGGAGGCUACCCCCCGUACUGAUUGUUAAUUUGAAGAGGUUUCAAUUCCUGAAUGGUAGAUGGGUCAAGUCACACAAAAUAGUCAACUUUCCAUUGUUAGACUUUGACCCUUCCUGCUAUUUAGCUCCAAGGAAACAUUCCAUAUGCAACUGUGGUCCCCCUGGAAAUGAGCAAGAACACCCUAGCAACAAUAUAGAGAAUGGUCACCAUGGGGAUGGGCCAGAACAUUCAAAAACUGAAGACUGCUCGAUAGGCAUCAACUGUGAUAAAAAGAUGGACAGCUCUACAAGGGACGGUACAGAUGUAAUGACAACUUCAAACAGUUCGCUGGACUCUAGCAAAGCAACAUCAAGUGAGUGUUCACACAUGGAGCCAACGUCAUUAAGUGAGUGGGCAACCAGCCAAUCAAUGUCAACAAGUGAACAUGUGGCCAAUCAAUCCUCCAACACAGCCGGGAAUAUCCAGUGCAACAACAAUGCUACCUGCUCACCAAUGGAUAGUCAGCCUGCUAAAUAUGAUCUCUUCUCCAUGUCUUGUCACACGGGUAUCCUGGGAGGUGGCCAUUAUGUCGCGUUUGCUCGCAACCCGAAUGGCAAGUGGUACUGCUAUAACGACAGCAGUUGCAAGGAGGUAAAAGAAAGCCAGCUGGAUUCCAAUGCUGCGUACAUUCUGUUCUACCAACGCAAGGACAUUGAUCCCGCCACAUUCCUGCCAGAGGUUGCUGGAAAGAGUCCCGAUAUGCAAGAAAUAGAUGAUGAGUUUGAAUCAGACUUCAAGAAGAUGUGUGUGAUUCAAUGAAAAAUUAAGUUAUAGUGAACAAGCAGAAAAUCUGUAACACACAUAAAACUGAGGAUUUAGCACACAACUGUUUCAUAUCUUCUGAAAUGUUUCCAUUUUUGAUAAAAUAAAAUUGUGCUCAUCCCUGGACAUUUUGUUAAUCAAGUACAUCAGAUCCCAAGUAUUUUGCAAUAUAAUCUUUGUGCACCCCUUACUCAGGUUAGUUUAUUGAAAUAAAAAAAAUAUAUGUGGA